CAGCAAUGUACAGUGGUAUAUGCAUCUGCGUGUUCCUUGCUGUGCUCUCAGCAAGCUCUUUCGGGCAGCAGACUGCGGGCUCACACAAUGGGAAUCCACUGGCUGCCGAGCUUGAGCAGAGUUUGACAGAGCAUCACCGGCACGUCCGCGCCCCUUCAUCCGCCGGCCCGCUGAAACCUGUCCCGCGGCUGGAUGGAAGCAUCGACCAAAGAGCUAACAUUGGUGCUUUGUUGGCCAAGUAUCUCCAGCAAGCCAGAAAAGGUCCUACUGGAAGGAUCUCAGUUAUGGGAAACAGGGUACAGAGCAUCGAUCCUACGCACAGGAUAAAUGACAGAGACUACAUGGGCUGGAUGGAUUUUGGACGCCGCAGCGCUGAGGAAUACGAGUACUCCUCCUGAAGAACCGCAAACUAUAGCAGCAAGAAAAAAAAUCACACUCCCAUGUCUGUACAGAUGGAGAAAAAUUAAUUUGUUGUCCUCUUCAAAUCAGUGUUUUAAAAUAUAUUAUGUACUGGAUGUAAAUUUGUCUGUAAGACUAUACAAUGCAAUAUAUACAUAUGCAGAAUUUUCCAGGAAAUGUUUUCUUUCUUCUGUGGUUUCUCAUACACUGAUAUUAUAUUAAAAUAAUUUCACUUAUCCCUUCUUGUCCUGUCACCACACACUGCUGGGUAUCUUACAAUAAAGAGAGGCAGGAAAAUCCAUCAGUCUGCAAUGUAAAUGUAUUCCAUGUGUUAAGUAGUCAGAUGAAUGAGUCCCUUUAUAAAGAAAUCUUGUAACGGUCACAAUAGUUGUGAACGCUAAGGAGAACUUGUCCAAAUGUAAAUACAGUAGUGCACUAUUGCCAGAGAAGGCCAACUGUCUUCAUGGUAACCCCCUUUGUAAAGGAUUGAGCUUCAUACCAAACCCACAAGUUUAUGGUGAAUAGUCAAUACCGUUAAAACUAAAAGACGACGACUAACAGUGUGUUUCACCUUCUUAGCUUAUUUAUUUUAUAUUGUGAACUAAAUGUGAAAAUUCUGCACACAGCUACGAAUCAUGGAAUAAACAGAGCAUUCCUUGC